CCCCCAUCACUGGGUGGCUGAAGAAGGGGAUCUUUGUAACCAACACAGGACCUUCAGAGUGAAGCAGGAGGAACCUGAAGUUCUACAGAUGAAAGAACAGCAGGAAGAACAAGAACCUCCACAGAUAAAAGAGGAGCAAGAGGAACAAGAGUUUCAACAAACUGAAGAGGAGCAAGAAAGACUUUGCAUCAGUCAGGAUGAAAAGCAGUUUGAUCUGAAGCAGGAUACUGUUACCUUGACGGAGAUUCCUAUUUAUGAAAAAAUAUAUCUCAGUGAAGGAGAUCUGAAUGAUCAGCUGAGCUGUAAUGUAACCGAUUGUCAGGAGGAAACAGAACCUCCACAUAUUAAGGAGGAGCAGGAAUGGCGCUGGAUCAGUCAGGAUGAAGAGCAGUGUGAUGGGACCUUGUUGGAGUCUCCUACUUAUGAGGAAAAUCUGAACAAUCAGCAGAGCUGUAGUGUAACUGAUAGUCAGGAUGAAGAAGGAAACCAACAUGAAGAAUCAACAUCAACAAUGAAUGAAACAGACCCACCGAACAGAAAACAUAGGAAGAGAAGAUACAUAAGUCAUGUCCAAAAUGUGGAUAGUUCUGACAUGUCAGAAAGUCAGUGUGACUCUGAUGUUAUAAAAAACCUCAAGAAGGAUAUUUUAGUUAACAAACCAAAGUCGGAUGAAGGAUCUUGCAUCUGUGAGAAAUGUGGUAAAAGUUUUUGUAAAAAAUCUCUCUUUAAAAUUCACAUGAGGAUCCAUUCAAGAGAAAAGUCUUUAUCUUGCAAAGAUUGUGAUAAAAAAUUUAGUCUAAAAUCUUACCUCAAAAAACACACGAGAACUCACACAGGAGAAAAGCCAUUUUCGUGUAAAGAAUGUGAUAGAAGUUUUAGUCGUAAAUCUAAUCUCCAAACACACAUGAGAACUCACACAGGAGAAAGGCCUUUUUCUUGUAAAGAAUGUGAUGCAAGAUUUACUCUUAAAUUUAGUCUCCAAUCACACAUGAGAACUCAUUCGGGAGAAAAGCCUUUUACUUGUAAAGAAUGUGAUAAAGAUUUUAGCCAAGUAUCUCAUCUCAAAUCCCACAUGAAAACUCACACAGGUGAAAAGCCUUUUUCUUGUAAAGAAUGUCAUAAAACUUUUAGUCAUGUAUUUAAUCUGAAAACACACAUGAGAACUCACACAGGAGAAAAGCCUUUUUUGUGUAAAGAAUGUAAUGCAAGUUUUAGUACUAAAUCUAAUCUCCAAACACACAUGAGAACUCAUACAGGAGAAAGGCCUUUUUCUUGUAAAGAAUGUGAUAAAAGUUUUGGUCUUAAAUCUAGUCUCCAAUCACACAUGAGAACUCACACAGGAGAAAAGCCCUUUUCUUGUAAAGAAUGUAAUAAAACGUUUAGUCAUUUAUUAAGUCUUAAAGCACACAUGAGAACUCACACAGGAGAAUAGCUUUUUUUUUCUUGUAAAGAAUGUGAUACAAGUUUUAUUCAAGUUCUUGGAUGUUUAGUUUUUGAUGCUGAUUGUAAUUUACAGAUACUAAAAACCCAAAGUUUUCUUCUCAGAAGAUUAGAAUAAAUAAUAAGAACUGUAGAAAAGA